AUGGCGCUCUUGCAGACCUCACUCAUCUGGAUCGCAUAUGCGGUGGUAGUAGUUAUCCUACUAGCAGUCGCAUCGGUGUUUAUCUAUGUCUAUCAAACGCCCCGGGAUCGCUCGCCCUCGGUUACCCUGACUUGCAUUAUUUCAAUUACUAGUCUUCUGGCAACAGUACUCUUGCUGCCAGUGGAUGUCGCUUUAGUGUCGUCGACCACAUCGUCCAAGCUGGGCCAACGAAAGGAUUGGGCAACGCAAGACGUCGUUGACAGAAUUACCCAUUCCUUGACCAUCAUCUACUAUCUUCUCUACUCUCUGGAUGCUCUCCUCUGCCUUCUGGUUAUACCUUUCACAUACUUCUGGUACGAGGAAUAUGAUGAGGUCGCGACUGAAACGGGGGAGCAAACGGUGGGCCAGCGGAUUUGGGGUGCCCUGAAAUAUACCCUAUCAUUCGUUGCUAUCGUGGUGAUCCUAUUCCUGGUUGGAUUCUUCGUUCCAGUAUCACAGGGAAAGAGUGAUAUGGACCUGGAUUACUUCAGACGCCUCCUAACCGAGAACCAUGGCGAGCGUGCCUUGACCUUUGCUCUGGGGUUGCUGAUGACGAUUGGGCUCUGUCUCUAUGUCUUAUAUACUUCGGCCGGGUUGGCUCUCCUUCCAAUCAGCUUGAUCAAGACGGCGCCAUCAAUCUCUAGUGCUACCCUGCGAGCGAGUACCAUACAACAACUGGAGACAAACCGAGAGCGGCAACGGCAACUCGAGGGGCGAUGCGCCGGAGACCCCGAGCUUCUGUCUUCCAAAGACCGUCGGGAACUGGAUACAUUGACGCGAGAAGAGAGGACCCUGAGCCGACGCCAACGUUUAGCUGAAGAAUCCCAAGGCGAAGGGCGGAGCUGGUUGAUGAAGGUAUGGUACAAGGUCGGCGCGAUCCUUCGUCCAUUCAAGCUCCUAGGGGGCAUCCUGCUGCUCUUCGUUGCAUUCAUAACAUGGGUAUCCAUGCUCUUGACGUCAAUUGACAAGGCAAAGAACUCGAUUUGCAAGCAUCGUUGUGGAUAUAUUCUUGCACGCGUCAAUAUCUUUAACCCAGUCAACUGGGCGCUUGUUCAGUCCGCCAAGGUCUUCCCCGUUGACUAUGCUAUAUUCACCGUGCUUGUGUUACUGUUUUUCUGCAGUUCCGUUGUUGGGAUUGCUGUGGUUGGAAUUCGCUUUCUUUGGAUCAGAAUCUUCCAAAUUCGCAAUGGCCACACAUCUCCCCAGGCGCUGCUUCUAGCGACUGCCAUGUUGAUGUUGAUAAUCCUGGCGCUCAAUUAUUCCAUCUCGAUGGUAGUUGCGCCUCAGUACGCCACAUUCGGUCCACAGACAUUUUGUGAUCGUGCUCCUGGGUUGUUCCUUGGGAAGCCGGAUUGCUCAGACAGCAAAGAACUCAUCAAGCCAUGCUCUGAGUUAGCGAAGAACCCUGCCGCACAGCAAGUCUGUACUCCCAGCGUCGUGAGCACUUUCCUUAAUCGGGUCACUCUAAACUAUCCGUUCUUUGGAGUCGUGUUCUUCUGGGCCCAGUUUCUUUUCCUAGGCUUGUAUCUCAUUGUUUUCGUCACUUCCCUGCUCCGCUCCCCUAAACUGGAUGAGAGGCAGCUAGAUGAAGACGCUGAGGAGGCCGAAGAGGAAGGCCUACUGGCCAAUACUGGCAGACGUUUCAAUGCCAGCUGGCAAGAUAUCACAGGUAGAGCUGCUAGGAGCGAACUCUCGCACAGCUAA